UUUGGAGGGAGAGGGAAACAAAGACCAUCCUCUUUGGAUACUUGCUGCAGAGGUUUGUAGCAUCAGAGAAACAUAAAAACGGCAUUAUUAUCCGUUCUUUUGGAGAUUGCAUCUUCUUCUAUAUAGCCCGGAGACAAUCAUCCAACCAGUACCACAAGAGGAGGCGGAGCCGCCUGUCCUGGUUACAUCGCGUGUUAUCGCCAUCCUCUCUCACCCUGUCGUCUAGCUGAAGCCUGGGGUGCAAGCCACAAUGUCGGACUGCAGGAGGCAGUGGAAUCGGGAAGAUGAGCUACCGGUCUACUUUGCCGGACCAAUCGCCACCGGACCGAACCAGCGCAAGAGCUUCGGCAUGUUCGAAUCCGUGGAAGGGGCGUUUGAAAGCAAAACCAUCGACUUUGACAAUUAUGCAGUUGGAAGGAAAGGGGGCCGCACCCCGAGGAGCGGGAGUCAGGAGAGACUCCUGGAUAUCUGCGACUCCAGCGGCGGUGGCAAAACCUGGGAAGCCCAAAAAGGUUCACAUACCACCUCCAACGAGGGAGAACAUGGCUGUCCAGGUGUUCAGACGGGGUUCUCCUCAGGGUUGGAAACCACACACGGGAAGGGCAACAGCCUGCUGAUUAAAGGAGGGCGAGUCAUUAAUGAUGACCAGUCAUUUUACGCAGACGUGCACAUUGAAGAUGGCCUCAUUAGGCAGGUAGGAGAGAAUCUGGUGGUCCCUGAUGGCAUCAAAGUAAUCGAGGCUAAUGGUCGCAUGGUGAUCCCCGGUGGGAUUGACGUCAACACCUGUCUGAUGAAGCCCUAUCUCGGUGUACGCCCCGUUGACGACUUCCUGCAAGGAACCAAAGCGGCGCUCGCUGGAGGCACGACAAUGAUCAUUGACCAUGUGACCCCCGAGGUUGGGGAAAGCUUGCUGGAGGCGUUCGAAGUCUGGCAGGAAGCUGCAGACAAGAAUGCGUGUUGUGACUACUCCCUCCACGUUGACAUCCCGCAAUGGAAUGAAACGGUUAAGGAUGAGCUGGAGAUGCUGGUGCAGGAAAAAGGUAUUAAUUCCUUCCAGGUGUACAUGGCCUACAAGGAUUUGUACCAGAUGUCAGAUUCUCAGCUAUACGACGCCUUCUCCUACUUAAAACAAAUUGGAGCUGUGGUGUUAGUUCAUGCUGAAAAUGGAGAUUUGAUUGCUCAGGAACAAAGCAAGAUCCUUGGGAUGGGAAUUACGGGACCGGAAGGUCAUCCUUUGAGUCGUCCUGAAGAGGUGGAGGCUGAGGCGGUGUUUCGUGCAAUCACCCUUGGUAACCGCGUGAAUUGUCCUGUCUACAUCACCAAGGUGAUGAGUAAGAGUGCAGCAGACACCAUCACCCAGGCCCGAAGGAAAGGGUCUGUCGUUUUUGGAGAGCCAAUCACGGCCAGUCUGGUCACUGAUGGUUCACAUUAUUGGAGCAAGAAUUGGGCCAAAGCUGCUGCUUAUGUGACAUCCCCACCUUUGAGUCCUGACCCUACGACCCCAGACCACCUCCAGACACUUCUGGCCUGUGGUGACCUGCAGGUGGUGGGCAGCGCUCACUGCGCAUUCAGCAUUUCCCAGAAAGCAAUCGGUAAAGACGACUUCACCUUAAUCCCAGAGGGCACCAAUGGAGUGGAGGAGAGGAUGAGUUUUGUUUGGGACAAAGCUGUGGCCAUGGGGAAGAUGGAUGAGAACAAGUUUGUGGCUGUCACAUCUACCAACGCUGCUAAAGUCUUCAAUCUGUACCCACGUAAAGGUCGGAUAGCGGUGGGCUCUGAUGCGGACGUCGUCAUCUGGGACCCCGACAGCACCAAAACCAUCACGUCUAAACUGCACCAGUCGUCUGCAGAAUUCAACAUCUUUGAAGGUCUGGAGUGUCGCGGGGCACCAGUGCUGGUGUUGAGUCAGGGUCGGGUGGUCUAUGAGGAAGGAAAGCUUCAAGUUCAGCAGGGUACUGGACGAUUCAUCCCUCGCAAGCCCUUCCCUGAUUUUGCUUAUCAACGUUUGAAGUUCAGGGAUCAGAUUAAGGAAAAAGGGGUCGUACGUGGCAUGUAUGAUGGGCCCGUGCAUGAUGUCAUUGCUCCCCCCAAAUAUAUCACACCUUCACCUUCGGCCAAAACUUCCCCGACCUCGCACCAGCCUCCACCAGUGCGCAACCUUCACCAGUCCAACUUCAGUCUAUCAGGGGCUCAGCUUGACGACAACAUCCCUCGCAGGUCCGGCCAUCGAAUUGUAGCACCUCCUGGUGGCCGUUCCAACAUUACCAGCCUUGGUUGAACACCCUGCACACUGCACAGUUAGAGUUUUACGGGGCUGAACGUGAGACCCUGCGUUAUUUUUACUUUGUUCCAGCAAUGCGUCAUGCACAAAUCACACCAUAAUGAUCUGCCUUGUGAGUACACUCAUACACACAUAAUAUUGUGAUAUACAAUCAGUAAAGUCGUUCAAAUAUCAACAUUCACAAAGUAACUCACUAAAUGAUGGGUUACAAUCAGUAUCUCCUUUUCAUGGCACAACUUGCACUAAGUGUUAAGCUCCACAAGAUGGUGCUGUUGCUGUUGGCCUCUGUCUCCGCAUCCGCAUUAUCGGCACAUGAGCAAUUGAUUCAAUGUGACUUUAGAUUGCAUUAGAUGCAUUUAGAUUUAGAUGCAUGGGCAACCCUUUAAAUGUGACACUGUGGUUGUGCGCAAUUGUAUUCAGAUGCUGUUUGUAAGCUUUGAGCACUCUUUAAUGUUCAUAAAAAAAGAUAAUAUUUUAUCUGAGCAAGGCAUCAUCACAAUCACGCAGUUCCUGCAAAAUGCAAAAGGCAAUAAGCCACUGCAAUAAAUGAAAUGAUCAAUAUAGCAUGAUA